AUGCGAGCCAUCCUUGACGCCGAGGCAAUGGACGAGGCGAGCCCUUUCGCCUCUGAUGCUCCAACGCCCGAUGACAAUGUUGACCUUUUACUCAACGACUUUGCUUCCAUUGAUCUCGAGGACGUUGUGCCUUCGCCGGUUCAGAUCUUCCGCCUCUGGCAGGUAUUCCUCGAGCGAGUCAACCCACUCUCCAAGCUCGUGCAUGUUCCGACAUUGCAACCCAUUGUAGUUGAGGCAGCUGCCAACCACCGCAAUGUCGCCAACAACAUUCAGGCCCUGCUCUUCUCGAUCUAUCUGAUAUCAACCAUCACAAUGUCCGAGACGGAGUCGAGGCAAAUGCUAGACAUGUCAAGAAACGAAGCGAUCAAAAAGUUUACCAUUGGCGUCAAAUCGGCGCUGACGCGGGUCAACUUCUUGAAGAACUACGACAUGACCACAUUGCAGGCUCUCGUUCUGUACCUGAUUUCCCUCCAGGGUCGAUACAACCGACACGCGGCCUGGGUCCUCAGCGGGGUUCUUAUCCGCAUCGCUCACAAAAUGGGCCUUCACCGUGACGGCGAAACUCUGAACCUGACUGCGUUCGAGAUCGAAACACGAAGGAGGGUUUGGUGGCAGAUUCUCAUGCUUGACUCAAAGUUUGCAUUAGUCUCUGGAUUCAACGACACCCUACUGCCAUGGGGCUGGGAUACCAAGAUUCCUUCCAACGUCAACGAUGCCGAUCUGUUCCCUGGCUCGACGGAACCACUUCAACCACGCGAGGGACCGACCGAAAUGAUUUUCUGCAUCCUCCUCUACGAGAUUGGCAAGUUCAUUUCGCAGAACCGCCUCCCCGACUUUGAGGAAGUCGUCCUGCUCGGCCAGGGUCCGGAACCUGGCACCGCCCCUGGUGACUCGAUUCGGGCCUCUCUCGACAAAUACAAUGCCAUGAUUGAUGCGCUCGAAGAGCGGCUCAUUGCCAUUGAACAGCGUCAUCUCGACAUUUCAGCCGGACCGACACACCUCAUGUCCAGCCGCCUUCGCCCCAUGAUUCUCGACAAGAUCCGCCACAUGCUCAUCCCGAUGCGUGAAACGCCAGAAUGGGGCACCGAGGUGUUCAACGUCCAAGACAACAUUUUCCGCAUCUCUCUCUUCCACCAGGAGCACAAUUUGACAUAUUACGAGCUGCAAGACAACCAAAGCUUCAUUUGGUUCCACAGGCUCCACUUUCAGUUUGAAGUAUUCGCGUUCCUCGUCGGCCAGCUCUACCAGCGCCGCCAGACAGGCUCCCUCGCUGACCGCAUGUGGAACGUCAUUGACAAGGUGUACAUGUACCACGAGGAGCUCUGGGACAUGUCGCAAAAGCAAUACUCGGAGCUCGCGGCCUUCAUCGUCAGGGCGUGGGCCAAGCGCGAGCGCGCUCUCACGUCCAUGUGCGUUCCCUUUGAUGUGCCUGUCUGUGUUCCCAAGCUUCAGGACAGGGUCCCCCAGCCGAGCUCAGGGUCGUCGAGCAACGGCCCCAGCCCCGCACAGCCGGGUCACAUGGACAUGCCGCACCUGAACAAUGGGGGCGCACCGCAUACUGAUGGGCAAUUGGACUUUUUGGGCAACUUUUUCGACAACUCGGCGCUGGACUGGGACAUGUGGGGUGACAUGGGCGUUGUCGCCAAUGGCAACCCUGGGUCGUCUGGACCAACAACAUCGCAAACCGGGACAGCAUCGGGCGUGUUUUCGGGCUUUGGAAAUUUUGGAACACAGCCGCCACCACCACGGUGGUGA